AUGGAAAAUUCAAACGUGAAUGAGUCAGCGACCUUAAAUGAUCGGAUGUCUGCAGUGGAGUCUAAAAUGGCCGAAAUAAGUGACAUGAUGAAAUUGCUAACAGAGGCUCUAAAAGGACGGAGUGAUGAUAACCCACCACAGAAUACCGUAGCAGAUGAGAACGCAGCUAAUAGAACAAUUGAGCCAAACAGAAGAUCAGAUCCUAAAGUACCCACGCCAGAAAAACAAGAUUCUGGGAUAGGGGCCUUUAACAUACCGGAUGGUCCUGGGGAAGAUCAUGCCUACAUGUUCCAAAUCCCACAAGUGCUACAUAAAGAAAAGGAGUUGAAAGAAGAACUUGGAGAGAUGAAAGAUCAAUUGAAGGCUCUUCAAGGAUCAAACACGUGGGGUUCCUUAGACUUGAAAGAAUUAUGUUUGACCCCAGAAAUUGAUGUUCCCAAGAAAUUCAAGAUGCCAAGCUUCGAUAAAUAUGAUGGUACAAGUAACCCAAUUUAUCAUUUGAGGGCCUAUUGCACAAAGAUGUCCAUAUGGUCACAAGAUGAGAAGUUUCUGAUAAACUUCUUUCCUGAAAGCUUAACUGGAGCCGCAUUGACUUGGUACAUGCAACUAGACCAAACCAAGAUCAAAAGAUGGAAAGACCUUGUGGAUGUUUUCAUGAGACAAUACAAGUUCAAUCUUGAUACUGCUCCGACCAGAGAACAAUUGAAAGCAAUGACCAAGAAAUCAUCAGAGUCAUUCAAAGAAUAUGCUCAAAGAUGGAGAAUAGUGGCUUCGCAAGUGCAACCUCCAAUGGUUAAUUCCGAACUUUGCUCACAUACAGAAGGGAAGAUAGCCACCUCUCAAGCUGAAAGUAGUUCACGAAAGAACUAUGACCAAAAAAAGAAAGAAGGGAAUGUGAACUAUAUUCAACCUAUAAGACAAGCAGCUACCAAUUCUCAAGUCCCUUAUCAAGUAGAGGGAAGGAAUCAAAGACAGCAACAAUUUGGGUUCAGGCCUAACAAGCACGGACAGGAUGGAGAGAGGAGAAAUGUCCAAUCCAGGGAUAGUCGCCCAUGGCCCAAUUUUGGAUUAACAAAUGCUGAAUUGUACCAUAAACUUUUGACAGCCCAAUUAUUAGGUCCGCGACCUUAUAAGCCUCUUGGUCCGCCUUACCCGGCAUGGUAUAAUCCAAAUGUUGUUUGUGAAUACCACAUGGGUGCACCUGGGCACUCAAUAGAAGACUGUGUGACGUUUAAAAGGAAUGUGCUAGACCUAGUUGAUUCUAACCAUAUCCAGCUUAAAGAAGAGGGAAGCUCUACCCUUACUACUGAUCCACUCCCAAAUCACAAAAAACGAGUCAACGCUAUUGAAGAAGAAGAUGCGUGCUUCAAAAGCUCCGCAAGGAUCAGGAUGCCUAUGAAUGAGCUUUAUGCUCACUUAAAGGAGUAUGGCUAUAUGCGAGAAAUGCUCCUCACGAAUAAUAUCAGUGAUCAAAUGCCUGGAUACUGUGAAUAUCAUCAGGAGAAAAUAGGCCAUGACAUAGAAAGUUGUGAACAGUUUAAAGGAGCUGUUAGAAAAAUGAUGGCGUUAGGGAUCGUGUCUGUAAAGAAGGGAGACGCCAAAGGGGUUACUCGAAGUGGAAAACCAUACUUACCAUCUUACAUUAGGAAAAUGGUAAAAGAGAAAAAUGCAAGUAUUGACAGGCCAAAGGAAGAUAAUCCUAAAGAAAUGGAAAAAUUAGAAGAUGAGUUUUUAUCGAUUAUGAAGCAAAGUGAUUACAAGAUUGUGGACCAAUUGAAGAAAACUCCAGCGCGUAUCUCCAUACUUUCUUUGAUUUUGAGUUCCGAAGCGCAUCGCCAAGCAUUGCAAGAAGUGUUGAAUCAAGCUUUUGUGCAGCCUAAUAUAACCCCUGAGAAGGUGGCAAGUGUAAUGAAUGUUGUAAAAGCCUCCUCUACCAUUUCCUUUUCGGAAGAGGAAGUUACAGAAACCGCUGUCCACCAAGCCAAGGCUUUGCACAUCACUUUGAAAUGUGAAGGGUUCAUAAUCGCAAGAGUAUUAAUUGACGGAGGAUCAGCGUUAAAUGUCUUGCCGCUCUCCACAUUUGAAUCAUUAUCACUAGAAGCUUCAAGUGUACAUAAAAGUAAUAUUGUGGUAAGAGCAUUCGAUGGAUCAAGACGGGAAGUAUUAGGAUCCGUUUGUCUCUCCCUGGAGAUAGGGCCAAGCAGGUUUAAGGUGGAUUUCCAACUCAUGAACAUAGACCCAAGUUACACAAUGCUGCUAGGAAGGCCAUGGAUUCAUUCUGCUAGGGCUGUUCCUUCUACCUUACAUCAAAAGGUUAAGUUCAUCAGUGAUGGGAGAAUUAUAGCAGUUAAAGGAGAGGAGGAAAUCAUGGUGAGCAAACCAAGCUCACUCCCUUAUAUUGAGGCUGCAGAGAAAGAUCAUGGAGUUUCCUUUCAAAGCCUAGAGGUCGAGAGUAUUUGCGAUAGUACUCACAACAUCAAUUCCGUCGUGGCUAAAAUCAUGCAAAGAGUGGGUUUAUGCCAGGGAAAGCAUGCAGAACAAGUGCCUCAAUUAGUCGAUGAUUCCAACAAAGUUCUAGCGAAUUGGGAGUUUGAAGAGGCCAAUGAUGUCAUUAGCUUAGAGGAUUUUGUUUCUUCUGAUUCCAUCUCCCACCCAGAGAUUAAUAAACCCUGUGAAGAUGAUUCAUUCGUUGCCACUGAUAUGCAUGAUUGUGAGUCUGAUGAUGAAGACAUAAUCCAAACUUUUUCAAAGAUGCUUGAAUUGAGUGAUAAGGGAAUAUGCCCACAUGAAGAAGUGAUUGAGAUGGUUAAUAUGGGAACCGAGGAGGAUCAAAGAAUGCUCAAAAUAGUAGAUAAUCCUGAAAGAGAACAAAUGAUUGAGUUGUUCAAAGAAUACAUAGAUGUGUUUGCAUGGUCAUAUAAAGACAUGCCUGGGCUAGACCCAAGCAUUGCUUCUCAUAAAAUACCAUUACUUCCCAAGGUCGAGCCUAAGAAACAGAAGUUAAGGAGAAUGAACACGGGGGUGUCCUUGCAAAUAAAAGAAGAAGUAAUAAAGCAGUUAGAAGCAGGAUUUUUGGAGGUAGUAACUUACCCACAAUGGGUGGCAAAUAUUGUUCCUGUUCCUAAAAAAGAUGGUCGGAUUCGAAUGUGUGUUGAUUAUCGUAAUCUAAAUAAUGCGAGUCCGAAAGAUGACUUUCCAUUACCCCACAUUGAUGUAUUGGUCGAUAAUACUGCUCGAAGCUAUCGCUAUUCCUUUAUGGAUGGUUAUUCAGGGUACAAUCAAAUCCCUAUGCAUGAAAGGGAUAAAGAGAAAACAACCUUUACAACCCAAUGGGGAACUUAUUGUUAUCGGGUAAUGCCUUUUGGUUUGAAAAAUGCUGGGGCAACUUAUCAACGAGCUAUGGUAGCACUAUUCCAUGACAUGAUGCAUAAAGAAAUUGAAGUAUAUGUAGAUGAUAUGGUAGCUAAAUCAGCGGAGAAUGAGAGUCAUGUUGGAGUCCUUAGAAAGCUAUUUGGGAGAUUACGCGAAUAUCGGCUAAGAUUGAAUCCUAACAAAUGCAUUUUUGGAGCUCUUUCUGGGAAGUUUGGAUUCAUUGUGAGUCGUAAAGGGAUAGAAGUAGAUCCAGAUAAAGUGAGAGCAAUUCGAGAAAUGCCAUCUCCCCAAACAGAGAAAGAAGUUAGAAGUUUCUUGGGACGAUUGAAUUACAUUGCUAGAUUCAUUGCCAAUCUAACAGCCACUUGCGAACCAAUGUUUAAGCUGUUAAAGAAAAAUUGCAAGGAGACAUGGGAUGAUGAUUGUCAAAAGGCCUUUGAUAAAAUUAAAGAUUAUUUGUUAAAUCCCCCGAUUUUGGUACCUCCAUCACCAGAUCGUCCACUAAUCCUUUACCUAACAACUUUACCUCGCUCAAUGGGAGCAAUGCUAGGUCAACUUGAUGAUUCUGGAAAGAAGGAAAGAGCGAUUUAUUUCUUGAGCAAGAAGUUUAAUGAGUGUGAAGCUCGUUAUCGGAUUGAGCAAACUUGUUGUGGACUAGUAUGGGCAACUAGAAGGCUAAGGCAAUACAUGCUUUACUACACUACCUGGCUAAUCUCACGAGUGGACCCACUUAAAUACAUCUUUGAGAGCCCGCACAUUGCUGGUAGAGUACUAAAAUGGCAAGUUGUAUCAGAAUAUGAUAUAAAGCAUGUGAUGCAAAAGUCAGUCAAAGGUAGUGCAAUAGCAGAUCACUUGGCCGAUAAUCCUUUAGGGGAUGACCAGCCAUUAGAUUUUCAAUUUCCUGAUGAAGGCAUAUGCACUACAGAAGAAGGUUGUGGUGAAGGAAACAAUGAAGAGCAAGAAUGGGAAAUGUAUUUUGAUGGAGCCGCCAACAUGCAUGGAAAUGGGGUAGGAGCGGUGAUCGUUUCACCAGAAGGAAAACAAUUUCCAGUGGCCAUCAAAUUAGAAUUUGAUUGUACUAAUAACAUAGCAGAAUAUGAAGCUUGUGUUAAUGGUCUUCGAGCAGCUAUUACCCUUGGUAUACGGUGCUUGAAGGUAUUUGGUGAUUCAGCUCUCAUUAUUCAUCAAGUAACAGGAGAAUGGAGAACAAAGGAUGUAAAAUUGAUUCCCUAUCAAGAACUCCUAACAGAUUUGAUUAAGCAAUUUAAGGUUGCUAGCUUUCAUCACUUGACUAGAGAUAAAAACCGUUUCGCUGAUGCUUUAGCCACUUUAGCAGUAAUGAUCCAACUUGAUUGUGGAGUCCAUAUCCAACCCAUCCAAGUAGAAGCUAGAAGCUUUCUAGCAUACUGUCUGAAUGUUGAAGAAGAUCGAGAAGAAUAUCCUUGGUUCCAGGAUAUUAAGGAUUAUAUCACUAAGAGAUCAUACCCAGCUGAUGCUGAGAAUGAAAAGAAAACCCUUCGUCGUUUGGCUAUGACAUUCUUUAUCAGUCAAGAUAUUCUGUACAAGAGGGGUUAUGAUGGUACUUUACUUCGCUGUGUGAGUUCAGAAGAAGCAAAGAAAAUCAUGGUUGAGGUACAUGAGGGCAUAUGUGGCACGCAUGCGAAUGGUCACACUAUGGCCAAACAGAUUCAAAGGUGUGGCUACUUCUGGCUAACAAUAGAGAAAGAUUGCUUUGAGCAUGUCAAGAAAUGCCACAAAUGUCAGAUCUAUGCUAAUAGGAUAAAUGCUCCUCCAAUCCCAUUACAUAAUUUAGUAUCACCCUGGCCAUUCUCAAUGUGGGGCAUUGACAUUAUUGGCCCAAUUAACCCAAAAGCUUCGAAUGGACAUCGCUUCAUCCUUGUCGCGAUUGACUAUUUCACAAAAUGGGUAGAAGCAAAUUCAUUUGCUAGCAUCACGCAAAAGACGUUCCUUAAAUUCAUAAAGACAAAUAUUUUAUGCCGAUAUGGGAUUCCUGAAAGGAUCAUUACUGAUAAUGGUCCCAAUCUCAAUGGAAAAGUCAGGAACUUUUGCGAGAAGUUCCAAAUCAAGCAUCAUAAUUUAGCCCUGUAUAGACCUCAAAUGAAUGGAGCAGUUGAAGCAGCCAAUAAAAAUAUUAAGAAGAUCAUUGGAAAAAUGACAGUAACUUAUAAGGAUUGGCAUGAGAUGCUUCCCUAUGCUUUACAUGGUUAUCGUACUACUGCACGCACAUCCAUAGGGGUGACCCCAUACUCCCUUGUUUAUGGAAUGGAAGCUGUUACACCCAUUGAGAUAGAAAUACCAUCUUUAAGAGUAUUGGCAGAGGUAGAUUUAGAAGAAAAUGAAUGGAUACGAACCCGAUUUGAGCAACUUAACAUGAUUGAAGAGAAAAGGCUCAUUGCAAUGUGUCAUGGACAAUUGUACUAAAAGAGAAUGGCAAGAGCUUUUGAUAAAAAACUUCGCCCACGGGAAUUCAGUGCUGGGGAUCUUGUACUCAAGAAAAUAUUGCCUAACCAAGAAGAUAAUAGAGGCAAAUGGGCUCCGACCUAUGAGGGACCUUAUGUUGUCAAACAUGCCUUUUCUGGAGGAGCACUGAUCCUAGCUGACAUGGACGGUCAAGAGUUAGCAAAGCCCAUUAAUGCAGAUGCUGUCAAGCGUUACUUUGCUUAA